AUGGACGGACUAGCAACGGUCUAUGUCGAUGUCGGAGCAUCCAGAGGCGUACGGUCUGUGUCUCCACCACCAUUGAAUGAAAUGAACCCAUAUCCAUCUUCAGAAGCAUCCAAGUUCAUAGCUGCACCCUUUACCAAUUCCAAACAGGAAGCUCACGCGACACCAUUUAUGGCGGCGGGUAGUGUGCUAUUCGACUCUUUAACAAGCUACACAACAGCGCAACAGAACGGGCAGCAGGUAGUGGAUCUCAGUGAUCUUCCAACGACUCCAGAGACAGAAAGAUCGACGAGUGAAGACAUUGGAACCUCUACAAAUAGCGAGAAAAGCACGAACAGGAUUCAAAUAGACUCAAAUAUCCAAAAUGGCGCUUCAGCGGCAGUACGUACAAUGCAAAACAGAAAUGAUCAAAUAUCAAGACAAAUGUCGCGACCAGUUAGAGGAAAAACUGAUCAAAAUGGGCUGGAAAAGCCGAAAACGUGGUAUGAAAUUUUGCCGAAGGUGUUGCGAAAUUUCAAGACACAGGACCGAGAGCAUAUACGACAGUUGAUGCUACCACGUUGUGAGCUGUGCAAACAAGCUGAAAAUUUUCCGAAGGCAGAUUUCAAAUGCACAAACGAAGGAUGCAAAUUGACAAAUCAGGCGCUGUGUUUAGCAUGCUGGCAAUUAACUCAUCCAUCGAAUAGCCUACAAACACAUCAUCAUUUUCCUGCAUCAAUUUGUCGGCAAUGCCAACUAGACCAGAUUACUUAUUGGUGUGCUGAGUGCGACUUGCAGUUUUGUAGUCACUGUUUUGAUCAGAUUCACAGUGUAUUAAGAACAAAACGACAUCGCAAGCUGGCUACAGAGGACGCACCUGGACCGUGCAUUGCAAAGUCUCACUGGUCUGCAAAUUUUCAGAAUGUGGUAUUUCGUGUGCUCGCGGCUCGAAAAUAUUCAGCUCGAGUGACUAGUAGCAAGCACGUCAACAAUGUCGGUGAAAAGCGAAAGCGCAAUGUUGAAGUGAUUGUCAUUGAUGACGAUGACGAGGAUGAGAAGGAAAUGAAAAGGACAAGCAUUCGACCAAAUGCGUCGAUAGUGAUUGGAAACACCUUGUCAAAAUCUGACGGUUGUGCCUUAACUUUGAUACGACCUGGUAACCCUUCAGAAGCAAGAAGUGGGCACAGUGAGACGAGACUUUCUAGUUGUACUAAUGUUGUGUUUCCUGCUGUUCAAAAUCCUCAGCAGAUUACGUCUUCAGUUGCGCUGACUAAUGAAUCAGUAGCGCAACCAUCUAUCGUGGAACCCAUCGUUUUUUCGCAUGAAAUUACCGAACCACGCUUUUCACCAAUGAUCUCACGCCAUGCAGUCUCGGCGGGUUCAACAUAUCGCCAACCUACGUCGAAUAGACACAACGCGUUCAACAUCAACACAGGUAAAAGAUUGCUCUGGAACAGUGAUGCGUCCAAAUAUUCUACUGCAUCUUUGAUGGGAAAUGAAAGAGAAUCGUUUCAUGCGCCGAACUUGAUGACCAACGAGAAAACGCAAGCUCCGCCAACGUCUAUGUCGACUACUGAAAGCACUACACACGGAGUGCGGCCAACUCUAUCCGCCAGAACUACCGAAUCAGCCAGCACAUAUACUACUAAUGGCCUUUUCUCGCUUGGAGGUUCUGUUGUUGUAGAGAAUGCACUAGUUGACUCGCUGGUAGAUCGUUAUCAUGAAUUGAACCAGAAUGUGACAAAGAUGGAGCUGCAAGCUGAACAAUUAACUCGGCAGAUUGCUGUUGCGACGCGUCAGGGACCUUAUACGGCUGCUCCUAUCAUGGUCUUGUUAAGUAAGCUGCAGUCUGUUCUUGAAGCUGCUAGAUUGCGACGAGACAAGCUGUUUAUCGCGAUGAUCAUCCAGUCGGGCGAUAUUAUGAAUUCUGUGCGUCUAUUAAGGAUUACAGAACUCGAUGAUGUACCGCAGGUCCCUAUGAUUAGCCACCGCAAGUGCUUGCAGAUAUCAGACGAUAUUAAUCAGCAGAAGACGAAGCUUGUCGUAUUAGACCACUUUUUGACUGAAACGCUUAACCAAUCUAAUGAAUUAGGCUCCAGCUAUGAGAAUUCACUCAUCCGAACGAUCAGCGCUGAGAUUCGUAUGCACGAGACGAAUAUCAAAAAACUUAAGAAAGCCCGUGAGGUUGAAUUUGUGCGUAUCGUACAAUUCAGCGUUAGAAUUCGUGAAGAGCUGAAGCAUGCGUUUCAAGGCACUGUGAAUUCGCAACGCCCGCCGCAAUGA